UGUGCUGAGAGUAAAGCUGUGUUGAGACUUGUGCACCGGCUCUGACUUCAUUAACAGCUCCUGAAUGAAAGGGAUUCAGGUCGAGGAACCAAAUUAUCAGCUCAACAAUGGCUUCUGGUUUGUCUCAACAGAUCCGCUGUCCUGUGUGUUGGAAUGAUUUAAGAGAUCCAGUCUGUCUUCCAUGUGAGCACUUCUACUGUAGAGUAUGUAUUACCGAGCAUAUGACCAGGAAUGCACCUGACACCAGAUGUCCAGAAUGCCGUAGACCUUUUACUCAGAAUGAUAUCAGAGUAAAUCGUGUUUUAAGAAACUUGGUGGAUGCAGCCAAGGACCAUCUGAGGGAACAUCAAGCCUUGAGAGAGGCAGUGUCUGUCUCCACAGGGACCACAGCCCACAACCAAGACUUCACAGAACACUGUAUUUACCACAAUGAAGAACUCAAGCUUUUCUGUGUGACAGAUCAAAAACCAAUUUGUGUUGUCUGCAGAGAGGAAGAGACACAUCGGGGACAUAAUUUUAAAACUGUGAAUGAUGCAUUUCGUGACAAGAAGAAAAAGACAUCUGAGACUCUGGAAAAUUUGCUCAGCAUUGAAAACAUAUUGGUUGCUUUGAUUAAUGAGCAAGCUGAAGAGAUUCUGAAAACAAUGGCGAAAUCCAAAGCACUGUCAGACCAGAUCUCUGCCCAGUUUAUGAAGCUGCACCAGUUCCUGUACGACAAAGAGAGGGAAGUGAAGAAUCAGCUAAAGGAGGAGGAAAAUCAAAUUCUGAACAGAAUGGGAGUAAACAUGUUUACAAUGGAAGAAAUGUUGUCCGAUGGGGGAGAAAAACAAGGAAUAAUGAGGUCGGCUUUGCAGAUGAAUAGACCUAGCCAGUUCUUACAGUGGUGGAAUGAGAAUGGACGCUUCAUAAUUAGGGAAAUAUGCAACACAACGCAACUGACCCUGCAGGAUCUUAGUGUUACACCUGACACCCUGUCUCUUGGUCCCUAUGAGACAUACCUACAGUUCUUUGUGUGGAAAGAAAUGUUGAGAUUCAUCCAACUAGUGCCUCAUCACCACACUGUGGAGGACAGAGGUGAUCAAAGCAUAAGCAUUUCACCCAGUGGACUCUGUAUCCAGCCAAAGAAGGUUGCAAAAAUCCAAAAAAACAAACCCAACUCACUUUGGCUAAAGACAGUGUCAUCAUUUAACACAGGAAUACACUUAUGGGAGUUGGAUGUGGGGAGGAAAGUGGACUGGGGUGUUGGAAUUUGUAGCUGUGAAUCAGGUAAAAUUGUCAAUGACACAGUGCUUUGCUUCAACUCAGACUCUGGCUACCACAUCGAACAGGCUCAUGAUACGGACAGAAGCACAAUAGAUCUUACAUCAGGACCUAGGAAGAUAUGUGUGUACCUGGACUGUGAGAGAAAUCAGGUCUCAUUCUAUAAUGCUGACAGAAUGAUGCUCAUUGAUACUAGAGUCCUGUCAAAACCACCACCCUAUUCUCUCUAUCUCUCCCCUGGGCUUUACUUAGAUGGAAAGAACAGCGAUCCACUCACCGUUUGUUGGUAUUAAGAGCAACAUGAUGCCUAACUGUAAAAGAGCAAGACACCGUUUUGUUAAGUAAUUCAAUUCAAUGUUUAAAAUAAAGGUGUUUUUUUUUUUUUAUUUUAUUUUAUUAAACCUAUGUUAUAGCACAUCCUGAAUGCUCAAAUCUGAUUGGUUAGGGGGUGUGGCUAAUUGUUUGUGGUUAAUUGUUUGUGGUUUAUGCUGUCUAUAACAGCAUAAACAUUUCUAUAAAUGAUCGAAUACAUAAUCGUUUCUAUACUAAGCUCAUUCACAGAGACAUACUGUAUAUGGUUAAAUACACUGCAAAAGUGAAAAUAUUGAAUAUUUGCAAAAUUAUCUAAUAUUUCCUUUUAUGAGAUUAUAAUAAAUAAAAUAUAAGAUUAUGCAGCCUGUUUGUAGAUGCUUGUGUAGAAGCUUUUUUCUUUUGGUAGACAAUUUUGCUUCUUCAUUUAAAUAAAUUCUUAAAAUGAUUAAAUGAUCAAAAUCAUUGGAAACGCUCCACAACAUUACUUGUAACUAUAAAUGAGUAAAAGGUAGGGCAUGACAUUAUUUUUUAAUAAUUCAUUUAAAAAGUUGUAAUCUUUGGCAAAUUGUUUCACAUCAGGCCAUUUCACAGCACCUGGUCACUGAUUAUUUUCCUAUAACAGCAUAUCUUAUCAUUUUUUUAUUCACUACUUAGGUGCAGUUCUUAAUAUAGAUUCUGUUUAUUGCUUGCUACUUUAUAAUUGUAUUUUUUCUCUUUUUUUUAUUGUAAAAUGUAUUUAUAUUUGUAAUUGUUUUUCAGUAAUAAAUAAAAUAUUGUAGUAUAAAAUAUUGUCCCUAAAGUAAAUAAAGCAAACCAUUUCAGAAUUUCUAUCCAAAACCAAUUCAGUAGAAAGUAGAAGGAUACACUUGCUAAUUAUAGACCGAGAGGACAACUGAGCUUUAGACAGAACAGUGGCUCAUCAGUGUUAGCAUUUUAUGUUCAUGUGACAAUCCAGCCACCUGUUGUAUUUCUUCAUCACAGACAGAAUUCAA